ACACAAUUAAAGAAUUCGGCUGUCAUAAAUCAAUCAGCAAAACGCACCAGACGCCUAAAAACGAUAAGCAACGGGAAUUUUGCAGUAUCUCGGAGCAUCCAUCACCCAGCUAGAGUGUCAAUAUGCGCCGCUCCAGCUCUGACAUUACAACUUAUCUGCUGAUGGCGGCCUGUCAUCUGUUGUUAAGCACCGUUAUGCCGGCGAACUCGCUGACUGUACGAUCGAAUUUAGAGAUUGUCAAGCAAUGGAAACUAUUUUCUUUUGCAUUUCCACCACAUGCGCCAGUCUCCGAUCCCAACUACUUCAAUCAGCUGAAUGUGGUGCCGACAAGCAUGAUAGUCGCAUAUGACCGCAUAUUCAUUGCCACACCCAAGCUCUUCUCAGGCGUGCCCACAACGCUUAGCUACAUCUCAAAAUCGGACAACAGCGAGUCACCACAUUUGCAAGCCUAUCCCGACUGGUCGUAUUCUGUUAGCGGCCUAAACAGUUUCAAUUGCAGCGAUCCAUAUUUAGUUUCGGUGUAUCGCAUGCGUAUCGACUCUUGCAAUCGUUUGUGGGCCUUGGAUGCUGCAGUCUCGCGCACAUUUGAAGACUCCGAACAAACGUGCCAACCGAAGAUAUUGGUAUUCGAUUUGAAUACCGAUCAAGUGGUGAGGCGCAUUGACAUUCCGAAAGAUGUUUUGCGCAAUCAAUCAGUUUUAGCAAAUCUAGUAAUUGAUGAAACAAGUUCUACAUCAGGAACAUGUGACGAUGUUUUCGUUUAUAUCGCAGAUACAGUGAAGCCGGCAAUUAUCGUUUACGAUGGUGCACGUGAUAUGGUCUGGCGUCUUCAACAUCCUGCUAUGUGGCCUGAUCCAGACUUGGGUUUGGUACAAGUACUAAAUGAUCGCUUUUUCAUUAUGGAUGGUGUUAUUGGCUUAGCUUUUGAUGCAGUCAACGGAAUACUUUAUUUCCAACCAUUAGCUACCGAUCGCAUCUUUUCGAUAACCAAAGAAGCAUUACGUGCUGGACCACGUCGCCUGCACGACGUAUUACCAAUUCAAUUUCUGGGCAAAAAGUCAUCUCAGGGAUUACCACUUUACUUAUCACCACAAGAUGGCAGCCUCUUAUUUAGUCCCGUUACUGAAACCGCAAUUGUCUCCUGGCAUCCGCAAACAAAUAAACAGGCUGUACUCGCCUACGAUGUUGACGCAUUGCAAUUCGUUGCCGAUAUAGGCGACUCUCCAUGGGAUGCUGGUGUGGUGUACGCCAUGUCGUCGAAGUUCAACCGAUUCACAUUAGAAACCGUCAAUAGGCAAGAAAUAAACUUCCGGCUGAUGCGAUUCAAAUAUCCGAGUAGAAGUGCGGUACCGGCACAGACUCUAUUCACACCAUCUGAUCCUAUACGUGGUGAUUUGUAUACGAACGGCCAACGUCUGAAUGCUUUGAAUGACACAGCUUACGAGAUUGUCGAGGAGCGAUCAGUGCCAUCUCCUAGCGUAGCCUAUAACUUGGGACGAAGUGCAAAAAUAUAUCAACUGCAUGGUCUGCGAAAUGGACUGCACACAUUCACGGGAAAUAGCGUGCCAGCAGCGGCAAAUGUCUUUCCGCUUGGACAUGGAGGUUAUAGUUAUAGUGUGGGACACAUCGGCCACUAACUGUAUUGUUAGUAAGAGUUUUGACUCAGAUAUUUGUAGAU